AUGAACAGAGGCUUGAGGAAGCAUUCAAGUCGAUUUCCAAAAAGUUUAAUCAUGCCUGCUCAUCAUUCAAAACGUAAACGAGCUAAUGAAGUUCAUAGCAGCAAAAUCACACAACGUGGAAAUGUUCCAAAAACAACGAAACAGAGUGAUGCUAAAACCCCUGUUGGUCCAUGGCUUCUGGCAUUGUUUGUUUUUGUUGUAAUUGGUUCGGCUGUCUUCCAAAUAAUUCAAAGCAUUCGAAUGGCUUAA